UUUGCAUUUGUAAACAAAAAAACUUUUUCACCAGUUUUAUCGAUUAAUUCAAGUAAAAAAGACAAAGCUUUACCUGUUAAAACUUCCAAACCGAACUUCGUCACCUUUUUCAUGUAUUUCGGGAACAGCUCGCUUGACUAGUUGUGAAAUUUCUUUGUUUGUUACGGCAGCAAACCAGGAAGGCAUUUUGCUCGCAACUUACAUGAGUUUGGCGUCGCUCGGUCGGGGAAACUGGAGGUGAAUCAGUGAAUAGUGCAGGGUAUUCACUGAUUGAGUAGCCAAUCAGAGCGUGCGAAAAACACUAUCCACUGUUUUAGUAUAAUUAUACUAAACUGGAAUAUACACAUCAACUUGAAAUCUUGGUAACAACCCUGACAAAUGUACUACAGUGACUGUGUAGAGCACAAUAAUAAUAUUGUAAUAAUUAUGAAUGGAUUGUUUUAGGAAAACAAUACAAUCAUUUACAUGCAGGAAUAUUUUGAUUGGUAAAUAAGCUUUACAAUACUUAUUUUGAAAUUGACCUUUUUUCAGAUCUACCCAGAGUUUCAGUCUCUCCAGCAUCAUUAAUUAUUUUGGAGGGUAUAAAUAAUGCAACUCUGAUGUGCAAUGCGACUGGAAAUCCCUCUCCUGCGAUAACUUGGAGUUUAAUCAGUACUGCUGGUGCAAGUAUCCUGUCUCAGUCAGCAGUCCUUAAUCUGUUCAACAUCAGCAGGCCUGGGACACCUACAGAAGAGCUUCAUUACCAAUGCACUGCUUCAAAUGGAAUUGGGAAUCCUGCCAUUGAUAAUGUGACCAUUAUUGUCCAUUGUAAGUACAGAGUGCCUGUAUUAGCUUGUCAAAAGUAAGUUGUCACCCUCUUGCAAGUGGGUGGUAGGUAGUAACUGAGAGGAUUCCUCAUCUCAUAAAAAGAAAGUCUUGUCUCAAGAGACAAGAUCCUUACACUUACACAGUUUGCGGAAAUGAAAGAGACAUAAUUUACAGCAAUAGUUCCUUAAAGUUUGUAAGGUCUGAGAGCAAACAUCAAAUCACAGGGUUUGCAAUAGCACAGUCUUGAAAAGUCCUUGAAUUUUAGGGGCAUCCUUGAAUAGUCCUUGAAUUCCAUUUUCCUUGAAAAGUCCUUAAAUGUUUGUCAAGAAAGUUGAACUGAAAAAUGUAGAGAAACUGGUGGAGCAAACAGUUUAAGCCUAAAAGUCUUUGUAGCUUGGACUGGGAAUAUGCAUUUAACAACUGUGUCGCUUAGUGGGGGUGGGUGCCUGUAGUGUCCAGUGGCUUCCACUUGUGGCAAAGCCAGCCCCUUAACAGAGUUACUCCCCCAUGGCUGGUAGACCCGAGCUUUCCAGCCUUGAGCUCCCACACCAAUGGAACCAGGCACCUGUCACACUGAUUUAUCAGUGGAAAAAUAAAGAGGGGGAGGGAUGGGGGUAGAACAAUGAUCCAAAGGCUAAAUGAAGAGAGCGGCUGCUAGGAAAUGCUGUACUAUGCACAUGAAGAUCAUGCAAGCAAAGCUGAACAUGCUUAAGCAAUCGCACUGACCACUGACCACUGACCGACAACACACACCUGCCCUCCUUGUUGUUAACUGUCAGUGUUAAAUUACAUUUAACUUCAUUUAAUUACAAAUCCGUGUCUUACAUUCCUGGUAGGUUAUCCUUGAAAAUUGAGUGAGGUUCUUGAAAAGUCUUUAAAAAAUGGAUGUAAAUUUUUGUUUCAACCCUGAAUCAGGUGUGGAAAUGGCUGACUUUCUUACAUGUUCAUGUGUAUGAAAAUUCAUGGUCAUUAUAAAAUUAAGGUACAUGUGGUACACUGUAUCAGUGGUGUUAUUUUAACAUUACACUGUACAUGUUUGUGAACUGUCCAUGGGCACAUACAUGUACAGUACAUUGAAAUCAUUGUGUUGAAAGCAUCAAUUUAGUUAGGGGAAAUAAACCAUUAUGCUGCAUAAGGCUGUAUCCAAUUUUCUGCUGAAUUUAUAGACAGUGUUUUAAGUAAAUCUUAAAAUUUUGCUGUAUAAUUUUUUCAUUUUUUCAGAUCCUUCCAAGAUUGACCAAGCUCCAUCCAACAAGACCAUAGUUGAAGGAAGCAAUGUCACUCUUCAUUGUAAUGCAACUGGUAGCCCAGCCUCAAAUAUCACAUGGACAAAAGAUGGCAGUCCAACAGCAUUACAUAAGGGAGAACAGUAUGCCAUUAGUAACAUAUCACGACAGCAACAUGGCCACUACAAAUGUACAGCAUGGAAUGGUGUGGGUGAACAGUCAAAAACAAGCUUCAGCAUAAAUGUCCUUUGUAAGCAAUUUGAAGGAAAUUUUUUUUUUCUUCAUGUAACUGUAUUUUUUAUUGGAAGUUCACUUCGGUGGAAAGUGAUUAUACAUGUGUCUUACAAAGGCCUUGGAAGAUGGGCAGAAAUUGUAUUAAUAAGCAGUUAAAUGCUGUUAUUAACUAUGCAAUUUAAUACGUACAUAGGUUGCACACUUUCCUCAACAGCUUGUCUUUAACCCACUCUCUCCAGGGAAUUUUGCCAAAAAACUUGUUUUGAAGCUAGUUGAGUUGUUUUCUGGUCACUGUUUGGCCAUAAAAAGCUAAGUCUUACCAAAAAGCUGUUUUGAAACUGUAUAUUUUGUGUACAUUUUUUAAUCGUCUGAACUGGGUGCAAAAUUUGAAGUUUGGGCAUGUGCAGAAUUAAGCAACUUUUCAAGGUUUGGAGUUUGAAAGAGACACAGCACGCUUGACUUUUCUUUUCACUUUCUCUUAGACUCCCCUCUUCUUUCGCUUUUCUCACCUUGUCGUGCAUUUUCAUCAUGGGAGUUUUUGGGUCAAUGUUAAUUUUUUUUUGGCCUUUUUCUCUGGGUCUUCUUGACUGAAGUGUGCUCAUUCUGGUUUGGUUUGAAAGAUUUCUUCAACCUGCACAGUUAGAUGACAAAGUUGUCUUUGACCAUACAAACUGAUGACAUCACAAGCAUUAGAUGGGACAUAGAUCGGCGUGGGUGAUUUGGAGUGUUUCGGGGGCAAAUGGGUUAAAGCACCCAUAACCUAAAAAAAUAUAUUUAUUUAAUUGAAAGUGCACAUUGCUACAAGAACUUCUGUGAAAAAAAUUGUUGAUUUGAACUCAACAUGAUUUUUUUAGAUUUUUUUUAACCUUUAAAUUUGCCACCAUUAAUUUUGGAAACCCGGGGAACAAAAGAGCCGCGACAUAGAUCAAGAAGCCACCAAAAAAGAAACACAUUCACUUAAGAUACCAUGGAACAAGUGUGGAGUUCUAGAUUUAUUUCUGCCAUUAUACAGAUUGAAACAAUGGUUACAAGGUAAAACAUUCCAAUUAGGUACGUGGCAGUUACAUGCAACAACACUGGUGACCCUGCGAAAGAGAUAAGCAUACAUAAAAUUGUGGUUUUCAGUUCCUGAAUUUAUGUCUUAUUAUCAUGUAAUUACGAGCCUGUCAAUACCGUGAUCAGCACAACAGUUGUACCAAAGGUAUUAGACUUACAUUUCUCUUAAAUUUUCUUGAAAAUCUCCAAAACGCAAAAUUUUUUUGAGAAAAGUUAUUUUCGUAGUGUGCUCUUUCAAUUAAUGUAACAGAUAGGCACUUCAAGAGAUCAAGUGACAAUCCUGGAAAUGUUUAAAACACUUGAUAAUCCUUAAUAUGUAUUGCAGCUGUUCUUCCAAGUUAACUUGAACUGCUUUUCAAAUUGCUUUCCUGUUUUCUUCCAAAGUUUGAAGCAUUUUCAACAGUUUUCUAGCCUUACAAAUAACAAAAUAACAUUAUAAAAUUGAUCUUCUAUUUUAAUUUUGCAGAUGAGCCUGCCAUAUCUAUUCACAAGUGUCCAAGUCCAAUAACAGAGGGUAGCAAUACCACUUUAUACUGUAAUGCAACAGGCAAUCCAGUGCCAGAUGUUGCCUGGAUAUAUCAAGAAACAGGUGUCAUUCUUACCAGCACAGACGAGUUAGUUUUUACUUCCAUUGAUCGUAGUCAAGCGGGAAGCUAUAAGUGCCACGCAUUCAAUGGUAUUGGUUCUAAUUCUACAAGAAAGUGCAGUUUGGAUGUGUUUUGUAAGUACGAUUUAUUGUAAUAAUAACAUCAAGAAAUAUUCAUAAUGUUAAGGGAGUUGUGAACUCUGCUAAAUCCCUGGUUCUGGUGAUGCUCCUAUGGUAGGAGCAGUGAUUUUGUUACAAUUUGUCAAUAGUGAGUCCUGGGACUCAUCUCAUGAAAACUCAUGAGUCCCAGUACAGAAUCAGUGAGUCCCAGUUCAAAACACAAUGAGUCCUUACUAUACUAAAAGAUGCCAGAACUCUCAUGAAACCAGACAAUCACAUUUAAUCUGUAGUUUACUUUCAAUGGCUAGCUGAAUAGCAAAGCACUUAUUUCUGUAACAUAUUACAGUGUACUGAAAUUAAAUAAUUAUUACAGUCUUCCUCACAAAAAAAUUAAUGUUCUAAUUUCUAACAAUAUAACAAUAACAAGCCCUAAAGCUUUACACAAUCAGUUAGAAGAAAGCUUUGCCGGAUUACAAACCACUGUCCACCAUCCUGGUUCAACCACGUGAUUUCCAUUAUGGCAAAAAUAAUGAGUAACCACUCCAUCAGUAAAAUAAACAUGGGCACUUUUAAAAAAAUAGUUCCUGAGAAUUAUUUUGUGUGGAAAUAUUUGUCUGUUACUCUUUUGUUCCCUUCAUAUUCCCUUCAAAAACAUCAUCAUAAUUGUGUAAAGACAAGAAAUGGCUGUGAGUGAAGGGCAUGGAGGAUAGUUUUUUGAAAAUCUGGAAUGUCCUUGGUACCUUGGACCAAAUGAAGUAUAUGAAAUAAUUCAUUUUUGAACUGCGGUUGCAAUUGGAAAGAAGAAGCCUGAAAAAAAAAAUCAGGGCUUCAAUGGGAUUCGAACCCGUGACCUCUGCAUUAUCGGUGUGUUGCUCUACCAACUGAGCUAUGAAGCCACACAUUGGGAGCGAGGUCAAUUUGUUGAGUUCAUAUCUCCCGUGAGGAGUGAAAUGAUAUGAAUUCGAAGUAUAUGAAAUAAUUCAUUUUUGAACUGCGGUUGUAGAUGAGAGUGAAGAAUAAUUUUGUGUCCAGCACCCGUCAAGUUGUCUGGUCAGACCUAUUUUUUCUCGGACACAAACUGUUUUUGGCUGGAAAAAUGUUUGCUUGGUCCUUUCUCUAUCUCUCUUUUUCUAAUUUUCCAUUAGGACCAUAAGUGACUAGACAAAGCCUACUUUUGUUUGGACAUUGUCUUUUGACAGGCUGUUAUUUCAAGCCCUGAAGUUCCACCAAGUAUAUCCCAAACGUUUUUCCAAUACCGCUUUAACUCCUCAGUCGUACUUGUUCCUACGUGUCCAUGUAUAAUUUAUCAUGAAUGUUUUUAUCAGCUUUUAAUACUGUGGGUCUUCACCAGGUGAUGGUGCCAAUUACAGCUGUAGCUGUGUAGAGCUAUUGCUGCAGUAGUCUGCUUUAUAGUCAGCUAUGAAAUGGAUGGGCAUCAUAAUACAUAUACACCUACAUGUACUUUACUGUUACAUACAGAAUACAGCUGUGAGUCUAAGGCAGUUGAAAGUUAAUAAUUACAGGAACUUCAUGAAAAUCUAAUACUGUGAGCUUACAUGUAAAUAAGUCUGGUGGAAAUUUUGUGUUUUCUGAUAUAUUGCAGACCUACCAUUAGGAACAAGUAUAGAGAUGACACCCUCAAACACUACAGUGCUGCAUGGUUCUACUGUGACACUUAACUGCAGCACAGAUGCCAACCCAACAGCCCAUGUGUAUCAGUUCUACUUCAAUGACUCUUUCAUCAGCAACAGCAGCUCAGGUCUGUUAAACAUCACUGUAGAUGCAGAUGGAGUGUACACCUGUGUUCCUAUCAACAAAGUUGGCACAGGACACAAUGCUAAUGUCAGCAUCACCAUGGUUGGUAAGUCACUCAUAUUUUUUAGCGUGAGUGUUCAUGGUUUUGUUUCAAUAAAAUGCUAUUCACAGAUUUAAGUAGUUUGGACUUCAGUUCAUAAGGUUGGUUUGAGAGAUGUUGAUUACUUAGCUAGGGUACUUAGCCCCACUUUGUGCUAUUUUACUACAAAGACAAUCCCCAGCUACUUUCCUGGGAAGCAAAAGGAGUGUAAAACCAAAAGAGUUUUGUAGUAGUGUCAUUCCCCGCUUACUUAACCUGCUAACUUGUAAUCUUAAUGACAGCUUUGCAGUAAGGUCUGUCCUCAGAUACUGUACAUUGCUGUGGCUGUAUGGAAACCCCUUCAACCUGAUUUUUUAUAGUAAGUUGCACUAUUAAAGCACCGUUAUGACAUCACUUGCUUCAAUUCUAAAAAGGGGCAGCCAGAAGCCAUUCUCCAAGUUCAUUUUUUUUAGUUGAUAUUUUGCCAGACAUAGAUAUUGGUUGCCAGAAAAAAAGCAAGACACUUUGCACAUUAUUUGGGAUAAUCAAACUGGGUACCCAACUAAUACACAUUAGUUGUAGCUAUAAUUAUUAUUAAAUAGGGAGUGGGAAAGCGGCCUACUUUGUUCUGUUUAGGAGACAUGCAGUAUGGAGCAAAUUUAUAAAAUGGAUGGAACUGUUGGUUUCUUGUGAUUUAUUUUAUUAAAGCACCAACUUGCACAUACACUGCAAACAAGGAGGGAAGUAUUAGAUUAACUACUAACAAUGGAGGCCAUUUACAGAUAAAAUUUGGACAAGUCACAUGGUCUUAAAACAGGGACAUAAGAUGAAAUGACAACAAACAAGAACAAUAUGGGACGAAAUUGCAACUGCACAAAAUCAAUGGUAAAAUACAGACAGAAAUGUAGGUUCUUCAAUACCUGAAAUAUAGGGCUUUGAAAUUCAUGCAGGAGACAUACAACCCCCCUCCCCUCCUCCAAAGGGCCUCGAUAUGACAUGAUAUUACUUGGUCUCAAACAUUCUGUGUUAGCGCAAGUUACUGCAUGGUCAUCUUUAACAAGAAACCCUUGUACAAGUUAACAUUAUUUCUUUGUUUCUUUGAAGAUGCACCUUCAGUUGAUGUUAAUCCUACAUCCUCUGUUGUCGUGGAAGGACAAAAUGUCACACUCUCCUGCAAUGCUUCUGGGAAGCCUUAUCCUCGACUUACUUGGACCAAAGUUGGUGGCUUGGGUCAAGUAUUGUCUCAAACUUCAACACUUAUUGUGAAUAAUGCGAGCAGGACAGUUAACGCUAACAACAUGAUUCAGUAUCAGUGUACAGCUGAUAAUGGAGUGGGACAUCCUGCUACUGCUGUUGCAAAUGUAACUGUCCACUGUAAGUACCUCAUUGUCUCUGACAAAAACGUAUCACCAUGACAAUUCUUAUUCUAGGAAAACAUGGGUGUUGUGUCAUUCCAAAUCAACUCAACACUCACACAAAUGUACUGAUCCCUUGCAAGCAUUGCAGCAACUCUUGGGCCGAUGCUGGUCGGAUCUUUUUUUCCAAAUUCAUGACAAGCUGAAUGUAUGUGUUUGCAGAAGGGAUUGGUUAUGAAAUAAUGUAUAGAUUUAGCCAGGGCUAAAAGCGAAGCUCUCGAUCAUAUUUAUAGUUUGUUGAAACAAAAUAAAAAAUCGUGUAAUGCUAAGUGGCGAAGGCAUGCAACGCCGGAAAGCGUUGAAAAACAACAAUAGGUCUAAUUAGCAAAAGUAACUUUGCACGUGCAACACACUUUUUUGUACAUUUCUUUGCCAUUGUUUGGCACGACUACAAUGUGAAACUUUUAUGGAGGAAAUGUCAUACGUGUUCCCGUUCACUUUUUCUCACUGCCGCUCAUCUUCACCUUGCAUUGGUGGCUGCUAGCAUUUCUCAUUUGACUGCCGCUACAAAAUUUUCAUGUUGUUCUUCCAACCAAAAAUGUCUCCUUUGUUUUUUAUCUCUCGCUUUAAAUCCCUGUCGCCCUUUUUCUUGUUGAGCUUCACUGGCCUGCCUCCCACUUUCUCUUUUUCUCUGUCUUUCUCUUGCUCUAUAUUCCAAAUUUGUGGACAUGACAAUUUAUCUAAGCUUAAUACUUUAGUCUUUAUUGACUCUUUUGUUGUCUCUGCUUUACAAGACGCCGGUGGCUAUGUGAUUUCCCGCCAAAAUAACGUUGAGUUGCAUUUGGGUUACCAUACCUGUUGAUUGAGUUAUUUUACAUUGGUAUACCUGUGGUGCGGACAGACGGUCUCUCGGGCGGGCGGGCGGUGUACAGUCAAGUGAUUACCAAAUUUUCUCGGAUGGGUAGUAUACUUUAUUUUCUUACCCAUGGUGCUUCGCUAUGAAACCAUAUUUCUACAGUUGCUAUUCAGAGCUCCCUGACUGUGUAAAAGUUUUUGGUUGUGGUUUGAUAGGACAUUUUUGUUGGCCAGUUAGGUCCAAACAACCUAAGAAAAGAGAUAUAGAUAGAUAUAGAUAUCUGAUGGCCCUGACAAUUAUUGGAGUUUAUUAGCUGCUGAAUAGUAUGUAUCUUUUAUUCUCUUUUUAUUUCUUAUUCUUUUUAAUCCCCUAGAUGAGUUGUGCACAACAUCUGCUUAUUUUUUUAGAAAGGUUUUAACAAAGAUUGCUUGUGAUUUGGAAUUCUGGAUUUAAGUCCCCUAGUUUAUUGCUAUUUACAUUGGUAUACCUGUGGUAGUAGUACAGUAGAGAACAAUUUAUUCCUGUAUGGGGGCAGGAGGAAUCUCAUUCUUUUCAGCAGGAAUUUAGAAAUUCUGAUGUUGUCAUGAAUAGGGAUCCUACUAAAACAGGAUGAUGUCACACUCUUCUUUUAUGUUGUGCUUAGUAUAACCAGUUUAGAAGGUUGUAGUUUUUUAAGAUCUAUGAUGUCAUAAUUGGUGUAGCUGGAAGUUUGAAAAGAAAGUUGUCAUUGCAACCCCUUUUGUAGUACUUGGGUCAUAGGGUUAAAUGGCAUAUGAAUUUCAUUUUACUAUUUAUUGCUUAAGAAAACUAAACCAAACUUAUCCCCUACUUCAAACACAGUUGUGGUUCUCAGAGAGGUGCAUUUAAUCAUUUUCAUCUUGUUUAACAGUUCCUCCAGAGUUCGUCUCUACCCCGUCAUCUCAUCAACUUGUUGAGGGCAGUGGAGCUUUGCUGUACUGUAAUGCUAUCGGUAAUCCAGAGCCAAAUAUAACUUGGACAAAAGGUGGAAAUGACAAUUUGUUGUCAACUUCAGAGAUUCUAAAUCUGACCAGUGUGCCGAGAGGAGAUAAUGGAGCAGUGUACACAUGUAAAGUGCAAAAUUAUCUCGGAUUGGUGAAAGCUACCGCCGUAAUUACUGUGUUUUGUGAGUAUUUUAGUUAUUUAUCAUUGUGGAAAUGUUUUAAGUUUGCAGAAUUUUCUUUUUGAUAGAAUUUAAGCAAAAAGACAGCAACCCAGAAAAUUUUUCUUCUUUAAUGUUUAUUUAACAAUUAAUGAAUGAGGCUGAGUAUCUUAUGAAGAAUUAUGCAGAUCGAGGAGGGUGUUAUCAGCCGAGGUGGAUAACAGCUCUGAGAUAUCCAUAAUUCUUCAUGUGAUACGAAAGCCAAAUUCAAUAAUUGUUUUAUUAUUCAUUCAAAAUAAUUCCUAGUUUAAAAACAUGCCUAAAACAUGCUUACUUCCAUCGAUCCAUCGAUGUUAAGUUCAUCUUCGAUAGUGCACGUUUAGGUUUGUCCAGCUCUGCAAAUAUUCUCCAAAUAGCAGAUGUCGCCCUUCAAGUUGUCUUCGAGCUGUUCUUGCCAUGUUUUUAGAUAAUUUUUUGCCUAGCUCUUACUCUUGAAACAAGUGAAACGACCACCAUUUUUGUUUCCAGAACCAAAACAACUCAACCUCAUCCCCAGGUCUUCUCGGUUAGUGGUGCCUUUACCUGCACGAACACUGCAUUUUUGACGUCAUUUCCUUGUUAAACACAAAAUUCUUUCAAAUUUGGUCAUCAGUAACUGGUUAUGGUGAAUUAAAAGUGUGCUUUUAGCCAAUCAGAAUUGGGGAAAUAUUAUGAAUGAAAAAUAACAGGCCUUAACCAAUACUUGUGGCUAAAAAGACAUUCAGGCAGAAUUCUUAACAAAUACUUACUUUUUACUUUAGCAUGGAGUUUUUCUUGGUAUCCUCCUUGGAAACAAUAAGUUGUUCAAUUUAACUGACAUUUUCAUUGCUCUUCAAGAAGGAAGAGGAAAUACAUGUAGUCUGCAUUAAACAUAAUACAAAGACUGUGUAUUACUUUCAGAUGCACCAAUGGUGGCAAUCCAGCAGUGUUCCUUUCCUGUUACUGAGGGUGAUAAUGUGACAUUUUACUGCAAUGCUACUGGUAACCCAUCUCCCAAUAUAACUUGGACCAGAGCAAACUCAAGUGCAGUUAUAUCAUUCAGUGAGAUGUUUCACAUGGAAGCUGUCAAGAGGAAUGAAUCAGGAAGUUACCUUUGUCAUGCUUCCAAUGGUUUUGGUACCCACAACACAUCCUGCAGUGUGGAUGUGCAAUGUAAGUUGUAUUGAGGAGCUAAGGGACAAGGGCAUGUCAUUUUUUUCCAGAAUUGCUUUGAUUUUGCAUGCAACCUUCUUUCAAUCGUUCAGUCAAGUUUCUCGUGAAUGUUGCACGCAGGGCCAAUGAAUAAUGAGGCAUAAUAGAGAUAUUUUGUUUUAUUGAUGUGGACCUUGAGCAGAACCCAAAUGUUUUGUGUUAGUGCAUCUGUAUCCUACAUGGCUUAAGUGGUCUAGUCAAGAACGAAUUUUAUCGUAGGAAAACUAAAGAAAAUACAACAGUAUGCCUGGAUAGUAAGAGACAAAAAGCAACCAAAAAAUGUUGGUAUUCUUAGUCUUGGGUACCACAGGAGAAACUUGUGAGAUUUUUCCUGGGAGUCAGGAAAAAAAAGCAAACACAAAAUUUAUGGAUUUGCCGUUUUGUAUAACAUGAAAAGAACAUGCUGUUUGGGCAAAAGUACUGAAGUGUACUGUAAACAUCUUUUUGUUUAACUGCCUUUGAUUUAAGCACAUGGUUCUCAUGUCUUGAAAGGUCCUUCAAUUUUAGGGGGAGUCCAGGGCUGUGCUCUAGCACAAGGUUGUCAUUAAGAGCUGAGGGCCAGGGAUUUUCCCCGUCUACUAUGAGUGUGGCCCCCGGCUACUUUUAUUAGAAAAUAGAAGAAAAAUGGAACCAAAAGAAAUCCCUAGCUGUUUGAUUCCCCGCCUACUUAUUGUAUUUACCCGGCAACUUGAAAUCUUAAUGACAACCCUGUAGCAGCAUCGGGUGGCCCCUGGUGCCUCACUUUUGCUCUUGGGGGACGAGAAAAUCUUAGAUGUUUCAUACAAUUUAUAAUUAUGCUGAGCACCCUGGAUGUUAAAGAUUCAGGGCAAUUGGCUCCCUUCAUUUUUCCCUACAGCACAGCUUUGGAGUCCUUCAAAAGUCCUUGAAUUCAAUUUUCCUUGAAAUGUCCUUAAAGUUUUGUGCAAGUCCUUGAAUUUUCUUCAACUUUGAAUUUAGUGGCCUGGAAUAUUUCUUUUUUUAAUGUUUUUUGCUUGUCCAAAAGAGAAUAUAAAUUAUAAAAAAUGUAGCUCAGAGAAGCUAUUGGUGAUUUACAUAAAGCGUCUUUUGUUUCGUGCAAGAAUCAACUUUCAGUUUAAGACAAGGGAGCAGAACUUAAAAAUGUAGGGAAGGUGGUGGAUCAAGCAAUGGCCUGGGAAUGUGCAUUUUUGUACAGGCUAUGGUAGGUGCUCCUUGAAAAUCUUAAGUGGUCCUUGAAAAGUCCUUAACCCAUUCACCCCUUGAGAUUUUGCCGAAAAACUCAUUUGAAGCUAGUCGAACGGUUUUCUGGUCACUGUAGUACUAUUAAGAGCUAAAACUUACCACAAAGCCGUUUACAGGUUGUACUCUUCGCAGCCUUCUGAUCCAGAUGCAAAAUAUCAGCUUGCGAAGUUCGGGCAUAUGCAGAAGGCAAAAUUUCGAGCUAAUUUUUUGGUUUAAAAGUGACACAGCAGUCUUGACUUUUACUUUUCGCUUUCUCUCCUUCCUUCUUUUUUCGCUUUCCUUGCCUCAUUUUUUUUCUUUUGUUGGGCAUUUAGAAGGCUUCAUUUUGGUGGGUAAGGUUUUACUGAAAGAAAGCUUUUAGGAUCUUAGGAUUAGAUGAAAGGAAAGGUAGGUGAGUAGUAGAACAAGAUUUUCGUGGCAAUUUUUGGGUCAAUGUUACAUGGUUUUUUGCCUUUUUCUCUGGUGACCUUGAAUGAAUUGUGCUGAUUCUGGUAUGGUUUGAAAGAUCUCUUCACUCUGCACAUGUUAGCAGAGAAAGUUAUCCUUGACCCUUAAAACUGAUGACAUCACAAUUGGUAGAAGGGACGUGAAUCUGCACGGGCGGCUCAAGGGUGAAUGGUUUAAAAGAUGGUUGUAAGUUUUUGUAUUAACCCUGAAGCAUUCUGAAUUUUUUUUCUGCCUUUGUUUUUUAGAUCGACCCACUGAUACAGCUCUUACAACUGCUCCAGCCAACACCACAGCCUUGCAUGGUUCCCUUAUGUCACUAAAUUGUGUUACAGAUGCCAACCCAGCAGCCCAUGUGUAUCAGUUCUAUCUUAAUGACUCUUUUAUUAGCAACAGUAGCUCAGGUGUGCUCAACAUCACUGUUAAUACAGAUGGAGUGUACACCUGUGUUCCUAUCAACAAAGUUGGUACAGGACACAAUGCUACUGUCAGCAUCACCAUGGUUGGUAAGUUCAGUGCAUCGCUGAUCGUUUUCACAUGAUUUUGCAGUAACAUAUAAGUGUGUACCAAACUAAUGAAGCUGUGACCAUUUAAGUGACGCGGUUUGAAUUCUGUUCCCAGGUAAAGAUUUUUUUGUUCCAACAAAUUUGUAUAGAUCAGGGCUCGAAAUUGUGACUGAUACGGUCACUCGUGCGACUAACAUUUUCUCUUUGGCGACUAAAAAUUCUUGUUUAGUCACCACUUUGGUUACCAGAUUUUUUCUAUGAUUUAGAUUUAAAUUUAAAGUUAAAACAAAUUUUUCAUUUGCCAAAUCGCAUAACCAAGGCCAGUUUACCUCCAAAUAAUAAUAAUUUAUAUCGACUUCUGUGUGUGAUUUUUUCGAACAAUCAAAUCUGAUGGGUGGUUCCAUACUAUGAGCCGUGUCAUUUACAUUGUACAAACUGGCAACUAAAAAUUUGCAUCUGGCGACUAUUUUUCUCCAGUUGGUCGCCAAAAGGUGACCUUAGGAUUUUUUAAAUUUCGAGCCCUGUAGUUGCUGACCAUGUGAGUCAAAAACAUUCUACAUUUAGUUCUCACCAUACCGCAUGUAACACCAAUACUGAAGCUGUCAUCAAUUAUUUUUUAACAUUGUUUCUCUUUCUUCAGUUGCUCCAUCAGUAGAAAUCUCCAAUACAAUGCUGAUUGCAGUUGAGGGAAGCAACGUGACAUUAGCUUGCAACGCUUCUGGAAAACCUCCUCCAAUAAUAACAUGGACAAAAAUAGGUGACUCUAAAGUCUUUCCUCAAGGUUCAUCCAUCAGUGUUGUGAAUGUCACCAGACCUGGAACCCCUGAUAAUAUGAUCCAGUAUCAGUGUACAGCUAGUAAUGGAGUGAGGAUUCCUGCUAAAGCUGUGGCGAAUAUUACUGUCCACUGUAAGUAUGAUGUUCAUCCAUCGUACUGUAAAUCCUCUAAUAACAUAAUGGCUGUAUAGGUAAACAACCAAGGCCCUAAUUUGCUCAAGAAAGCAAAGCCCUGAAGGAUUCUGGCAGUAGUAGGACAAUAAUGAUGCCAUGAUGCAAAUGAAAUAUUUCUUUAGCUUUUGACUUCACUUUCAUCAAUCACCUUUAUUUUUGGUUCAUUUUUGGAACAUCACGUUCAAAUGUGAAAUAAUUCUGUCCAAUGGCUGUCAACCUUUUUUUGACUGCAAGGUUUUUUUGACAGCUAUGGUAUCUGCCUCUGACUGCUCUCACAUUAAAGUUUUAUCCACUUUCUUUUCUCAUCCUCCCUCUUCAGUGGCCAUACUAUCCGAUGUUUUUUUUGUACUUUACAAACAAACAAUAUUACAGAAAUUUAGAAUUCAUUACAUUUAAGUCUAAUUAUUGGUUACUAAAAUUUAUGUUACAUUAAAACAGAUAACUAAUUUUACAGAGAGGGAAAAAAAGAGAAAUGAAGAAAAAGACCAAAAAAAAGACAAAGUCCAAAAAAUGACUACAAAAGCAAAUACAAGAAGGUUGUUGGCCUUUUGGUCUUCCCUCCCUCCCAUCUGCCCUGCUAUCCUGUGGUUACUACCCAGCUAUGGGUAGCUUUUGUUGUAGGUACCAAGAACAUGAAGGUCAAAAAUGUUAACACCUCUUGUACUGGUGGCAAUUUGUGUUUUUUAUUUUGCCUUCAUAAAUACCCUCUUAGUUUUGUCCAUAUGUGCACCCAUACAGCUGCACCUCACUCAACAGUCUCCUAUGGGUGUGGUCCAAGAGCGAAUUUCAAUGUUGACCACAAAACGAAAUACACCCUUAAUUGGGUAUGAGUAAGGAGGUAAUGGGACUUGAAAAACUGAACACAAAAUUUUGUGGAUUUGCCCUUUACAUAGCAUGGAAAGAAAAUGCAAUUAACUCCUAAUGUAAAUUGUUUAAAUUUUUAGUUGAACCUCAAAGGCUUAACAUUUCUCGACCUUUUGGUUUUUCUUUUAACAGGCAUAUUUGUUGCCUUUGCUCUUUAGAUCCACCAACCAGUACAGGUUUAACAACUUCUCUGGUUAACACCACAGUGCUAUGGGGCUCUACUGUGUCUCUUAAUUGCAGUACAGAUGCCAAUCCUGCUGCUUAUAUGUAUCAGUUCUACUUUAAUGAUGCCAUUAUUGGCAACCAUAGCUCGGGACUGUUAAACAUCACUGUUGAUGCGGAUGGAGUGUAUACCUGUGUUCCUAUCAACACAGUUGGCACAGGACACAAUGCUACUGUGAGCAUCACCAUGGUUGGUAAGUCACUAAUAUUUUUAGUGGAGUGAGAAUUUUCAUGGUUUGUACUAAUUUUGUGACUUUUUGUGUCAUGCACCUGUACUACAUACAAUAGGACAAAUAACAAAUCCACGCUUUUUGUUCUGAAUGAACUGCUGAAUGUUUUGCAGGUGCAAACCCUUCACAGCUUUAGAAAUGACUGGGUGAAAAAAUUCAACUCUGAAGUCCUUGCCCAAUAUCUUUUCUAACAUUGUGUGCUUUGUUCUGUUUUCUGCAGUUGCACCAUUAGUAAAGAUCUCUGACACCAUUCUGACUAUAGUGGAAGGAAGCAAUGUGACAUUAUCCUGCAAUGCUUCUGGAAAACCUUCUCCAAUAAUAACAUGGACACGAGUGGGUGACUCUAAAGUCUUUCCUCAAGGGUCAUCCAUAACUGUUUUGAACGUUAGCAGACCUGGUACCCCAGAUAAUAUUAUCCGGUAUCAGUGCACAGCCAGUAAUGGAGUUGAGAGUCCUGUUGAAGCCAUUGCAAAGGUUACUGUUCACUGUAAGUAUAAUAAGAAAUAGCAUUUUUGCAAACGUGAAAUUUGUAUUUUGUAAGAAUGUCGCUAAUGCCAAUGACACCCAAUUCCAGGUUUUGUUCAGCAGCAAAAGUUGCAGUUCUGUAUCUGUUCUCAUUCAGCCAAGUUCCACAUAUUGAAUAGCCUAUUUACAUGGUUCGUACAAUCUUGAAAACAUCUUGUAUUUUAGUAGUCAUCUUAAGAAAUCCUUGAUGUCGGUUAAGGUCCUCAAAAACUAAUCGAUUUCUUAAUUAAGUUGUAAAAAGUCCUUGAAAUUCAUUACCUUGUUUAUGCCACACCAUUUUCUGGGAAAUUAGAGUAUUUCUGGAGAAAAAUUUGGCCCCUCCCAGUGUAAGAACAUGUAGACCUCACAGGUAAUGUAAAAACAAUUUUUGCGGAUGAACAACAUUUUAUUGUUGUUUCUUUAUUUCAAAUCCUUUCUCUUUUCCUGAGAUGCAACUGCAAGUCAGUGACUUGUCAUUUUGCAAAGUGUUGUUAUAGAAAGUAGUAUAAAAUAAAUUGAUAAACCACAGCUGACGAGAAGUAGAAAUCGUAACUGACUCCAUUAAGGGUUUUUACCAAUAAGGUGUUCAAACAGAAAAGAAAGAAAAGAAAAGAAAAGAAAGCCAAAUGAUUGAAUAAAUCUUAGUCCUUGGAAACUGCAACUUGUCCGUAAAAAGUUCCUGAAAAGCCCUUGAAAUUUGUUUGUCUGAAGUUGUACAAAACAUGCAUUUCACCAUUCAACAUUUCUAAUGCGGCAAGAUACACAUUCCAGGCAUUCUGAAAUUUGGCCUGUUACAAAUUGCAACAGAAGCUUUCUCAUCAUUAAACAGUUAGUUUAAACCUGUUAACAAACAUACUAAAAGUCUUAAAUAUCCAAGCAUGGGGAUACCUGCAAAUACAGGCCGCUGUUAUGUCCUUCUUUCCUUUAGCAUGAAAAUGAGGGUCUAAGACAUACAAGAAAAAUCCUUUUUACUUUUGCGAUAUUUGCGGACAUUUCGGGGUCCUUCUUGGUUUCUUUUAUUUUCUAAGUAUUGAUUCUUGCUAGAUUUGUUAUUUUUGCGAUAUUUGUAAGUGAUUUUCUUACAUAAUUUUUUCUCAAUUAUUUCUUUUGCGACAAUUGCAAAAGCAAUUUGCUAGCAAAUUUUUGCUAGCAAGAUCGAUCCUGAUUAGAGACGAAAAUGUCUUUUAAAAAGUUUCCAAUAAAUAGCUCUCUGAAAAUACAAUGUUCUGUAAAGAUAACAUUAGUUAAGUAGUAGUCAGGAACUGCAUUCGAUUGUGUUUGGUUAUUGUUCUUGUAAGCAGGAUACAAAAGAGCGGUACUGGGGACAACAGUUUUGUCAAUGCAAAGGGACAUUUCGGUCCAACUGACCGACCAAAAUGACCCGACCGGUUAAAGUGGACAACCUUUAAAGCUGGUCCCGAAUAUUCCAGUCAGAGCAAACUGAAAUGGUCUGUUCCAUUUGAUGUACCAAUCGAAACCUCCGGAAUUUUGGGUGGAAUGGAAAGUGCCUGUGCUUGAUUUUCCCUGACAUUGCAUGUGAUGUCUUGAAUCAUAAUUAUCUAUCUAUGAUCCCUUACCUACCACUGCUUGAGUUGUGUAUACACUAGUCUUCAUUUAAGCUCUUCAUUUCGAGGGAAGAGCAAGUGUGUCAUGAGAGAAUGUGCGAGCGAGAGGUACUGCAGAAAGGAAUGAAAGACGCUCAUUUAGAGAUUAUGUACUGUUGACUGUGUGGGUGUUUUCAAAGGUUCGAUUUCGAGGCCUUAACCGUCAAAGCAGAAGGAACUGUAAUGUAGUAGUCGCAAGUAAACUAUCUUGAUGAUGCCAGAAUCUAAGCGAGUUUGUUGUGCUUGUAGAAGGAAAGUAAAAAUAAGUAACUGAUGGGAAGAGUUUCCCUACAGUGAAAACAGAAUUUUCAUAUCCAAGCGGAUACAUAGAAGUUCGGUCUCUUCAAUGCAAAUCUUUCAUUGACUUCUUUUGUACACUUGAGCCACCUCUUCUUGCAUAUUUCUAACUUCUUUAAAGUAAUGACAUCCCAUACUGUUUUGCAGAUCAGCCUAAGAUCCUCUCUGCUCCGUCAUCUCAACAAGUUGUGGAGGGCAAUGGAGCUAUCCUAUUCUGUAAUGCAACUGGCUAUCC